CUGGGGGCGGUGCUCAGGCCUCUCAUUCGCAGCAAUGUCGAGCCCUGGAGCGGGUGUGUGGCUGGUUGCGCUGUGGCUGCUGCUCCUGGCGGGGCCGGGGCUGCGCGGGGAGCGCCUGGCCGGGGGGCUGCAGGAGGUGCCGAUCUCGGAUCCCGGGGUGCAGGCGGCCGUGCGGUUCGCGGUGGAGGCCUAUAACAAGGCCAGCAACAGCCUGCACUACUCCCGGGCGGAGCGGGUGCUGCUGGCCCUCAGCCAGGUGGUGGCUGGCAUGAAAUACUACCUGACCGUACAGCUGGUGACAACACAGUGCCGGAAAAAUGGGGCAGGCCUUGGAAACGGGGACCUCAGCACAUGCCCCUUGCCGCCAGCAUCAGAGCAACAGAAACUGCUCUGUGAGUUCCAGGUCUGGUCCCGUCCCUGGCUCAAUGAGACACAGUUAUUAUCUCAGAACUGCUCUGUCUGACUCCUGAAACCCGUCCCAUCUGACGACAGUGAACCAAUCUGCCAUUGAUCGAUGCUGCCUGGGGAUCAUGCUGGCUCUCUCUUCUUCUAUUGCUGCCUCUUCUCUCUAAUCCCCAUAUUCCCCACCAGGAGGAGGAAGAUCAGGAUCUUAGAUCUCCUCCUCUCCCCCACUCGGAGCAGGUUUGGAAAUGGCUGGGCCCCUCUUCUCCUGUAGUGUCUUAUUGUUCAGCCUUGCUUAAUGACCAAACUGAAGCCCCUGGAUGCUUUCUGUCGUAGCUAAGAUUUGGCAUCCCCUAUGAUGUAGGGAAUAAAACUGAUCCACCAU